AUGGCGGAGCAGCAGGCCGCCGUGUGCACGCAGGUGCACCCGCCCACCGCGGUCACGCACUGCACCGCCGCCUGGCUGACGCACGCGCAGCGGCAGCAGGGCAGCGGCAGCGCCGACGGCGAUGAUGGCGGCGGCAGCGGAGACCCGCUCCCAGACCUGGUGGUUGUGCGCAGCACCCAGCUGGAGCUCUACUCUGUGCGAGGCAGCGAGGCAGGCGGCCCUGCCACCACCCACACGGCCCAGAGCCUGGACCAGCUGGCCAGCUGCCGGCUGUUUGGCGUGGCGGAGAGCGUGGCGGUGCUGCGGGGGCGGGCGCCGGGCCAGCGCGACGUGCUGCUGCUGACCUUCAGGGACGCCAAGCUGUCGGUACUGCAUUGGGAUGCGGGGCGGCACGAGCUGGCGCCCAGCAGCCUGCACUACUUUGAGGGAGACGCCUCCCUCAAGCUGGGCCGCACCGUGUUCCCCUACCCGCCACUUGCGGUGACAGACCCGCUGGGGCGGUGUGGAGCUGUCAUCAUAUUCAGACACCAGCUGGCGGUGCUGCCGGCAGUAGACUCAGAGCUCUUUGGCCUGGGCCUGUCGGCCGCCGAGGAGGACGAGGAGGAGGCGGCGGCGACGGCGGCGCUGGGCCUGGCGCCGCCAGACGGCGGCGGCGCGGCGGACGGGGAGGCCGGCGCGCCGCGGGGCGGCGCCGCGGCGGCCGCCGCGGGGCUGCCGGCGGCGGCGGCGGCGGUGGGCAACAGUUACGUCGACAACUUGGGCAAGGCCGGGAUCAAAGAGGUGCGCGACGCCUGCUUCCUGCACGGCUACAGCGAGCCCGUGCUCAUGGUGCUGCACGAGGCGGAGCCCACCUGGGCGGGCAACCUGCGGCAGAAGAAGGACACGUGUGUGCUGACAGCCCUCUCCCUCAACCUCACCCGCAAGCACCACCCCAAGAUCUGGGGGGCGCAGGAGCUGCCCUCAGACGCGUACCGCCUGUCCGCUGCGCCCUGCGGCGGCGUGCUGGUGCUGUGCCAGCACCUGGUGCUGCACUACCGCCAGGGCCAGCAGUCUGGUGUUGUGCUGCACCCCAGCGCGCUGCCGCCCGCCGCGGCGCCGCCGCCGCUCCUGUUUGAUCCACAGGCCAUGGCGGAGGCCGGGGGGCCGGGCCCCGCGUCGGCGGCCUACGCCCGCCAGCAUGCCGUGGAUGUUCACCCGGAGACGGUACCGGCGGCGGUACGGUUCUGCGAUGCCAGCCAGGCAGCUGCCCUGAAGGUGACCGCUGACGGCGCCUCGGUGUGCUGGCUGUCCCCGGAAUCGGCGCUGCUCUGCCUGCGCAGCGGGCAGCUGCUGCAGCUGGCGCUGCUGCCGCAGCAGGCGGGGGGCAGCGCUCGGCACUUGGCGGUGGCGCGCGCCGGCGCCGCGCCGCACCCCAGCUGCUGCUGCAGCCUGUCGGGGGCGCACCGCGCCCCACACAUGCCCGGCUCGGCCGCCGCGGCGGCGGCGGGGCAGGCGCCGCAGCCCGCCCUGGUGUUCCUGGGAUCGGCAGCGGGAGACUCGCUGCUCGUACGCGCCACGCCGGCAGCCGCAGCCGGCACCAAGCGGCCGGCCGAGGCGGCCACAGGGGCGGCGGGCGAGGAGGAUGGUACCGCCGAUGAGCCGGCUUCCAAGCGGCUGCGCCUGGAGGGCAUCGAGGUGGGCAGCGCGGCGGCGGCCGUAGAGGCCACCGCCGCCGCUGCUGCUGCAGCCCAGGGCGCGGCUGCCGCCGCGGCCGAGGCGCGUGCGGCGGCAGGUGGCGGCCCAGCGGGCAGCGAUUCGGAAGACGAGGAGGCACUUAUCUACGGCACGGCGCUCUACUCCUCGGCCGCCGGGGUGGCCCCCGCGGCGGCAGCGGCGGUACCGACGCCUUCCUGGCAGCUGCAGCGGUACCAGCUCAAGGUCCUGGACAGCCUGGCCAACAUAGGACCGCUGCGGGACUUUGCUGUGGCAGAGCCAGCUGCUGGCGCCGGCGGCGAGGCCGUCCCUCCCGCGCUGGUAGGGUGCAGCGGGGAGGGCAAGGGCGGCACGCUGACGGUACUGCGGCGCAGCGUGGUACCGGACGUCAUCACCGAGCACCGCGGCGCUGCCUCUGCCAGCGGUGGUGGCAGCGGGCAGGCGGCUGGGGAGGCGGCCGGGCAGGAGGGGGGGCACCAUGCCUACCUGCUGCUCUCCUUCCAAGGCGCUACCAAGGUGCUGGCCACUGGGGAGGAGCUGCGGGAAGUGACAGAGAGCGUGGAGUUUGCUGUGGACACCCCCACCCUGGCCGCCGGCAGCGUGUGCUGCGGCCGCCGCAUCGCGCAGGCCUUCCCUCAAGGCCUCCGCCUGCUGGAUGGCGAGGAGUCGGUGCAAGAUGUGUGGGCCUCGGAGCUAGCCGCCCCUGCGGCGGCAGCUGCUGCAGGAGGCGCACCCGGCGGCGGCGCCAUUGUGUCCGCUGACAUGUGCGACCCCUAUGUACUGCUGUAUUUGGCAGACGGUACCGCCAGGUUCCUCACAGCCGACCCCGUCGCCUGCCGCCUGUCGGCGGCUUCCGCCGCCGGCGCCGGCCCCGAGGCGGCCGCAGCAGCGGAGGCGGCCGAAGCAGCGCUCCGCCCGGUGGCGGCUGAGGAGAGGAUCACAGCUUGCUCCCUGUUUGCAGACAGCUGCGGCUGGCUGGCGGCUCGCCUGCCGCAGACUCAGCAGCAGACUCAGCAGCAGCAGCAGCAGCAGGGGCAGCAGGACGGUGGUACCACGGCCCAGGCUGCUGCCAGCGGCGGCGGCUGUGGCGCUGUGUAUGCUGUGGUCUGUCGUGCCAGCGGGGCGUGCCAGCUGUACGCGCUGCCAGCCUGGCAGCCGGUCUUCAGCAGCAGCACCAGCCUGGCAGGCGGCCCCGCCCUGCUGACCGGCAGCGGCGGCGCCGGCGGCGUGGCAGCAGCGGCAGCAGCAGCGGCAGCGGCAGCAGCGGCAGCAGGGGUGGAGGAUGAGAUGGAUGGACCGGGUGAGGUGGUGGAGGUGCGCCUCGUCAGCUUUGGGCCGGCGGCUGCCGGCAGGCGGGACGCCGCCGCCGCGCGGGCCAGCCCCGCCCCAGCCUGCGAGCCCCCGCUGCUGCUGGCGCUCACAGCCGACCACCAGCUGCUGGCCUACCAAGCCUUCUCCGCAUCGCCAGGCAGCGGCGGCACGCGUGGCAGCAGCGGCAGCGGCACCCCGCGCUUCCGACGCCUGCGCCUGGACCUGCCGCCGCUGCUGCCGCCGGCGGGCGGCCCGCAGCUCCGCCUGCGGCGCCUGCACUGCUUCGAGGGCCUGGGCGAGGAGGCGCCUUACAGCGGCGUGUUUGUGGCGGGCCAGCAUCCCCACUGGCUGGUGGCCAGCCGCGGCGGCCUGCUGCCACACCCCCACUUCUUGCCGCAGCCCGCGGGGCCGGGGGCGGCCGCGGUUGGGGCGGCAGGCUUCACCCCUUUCCAUAAUGUUAACUGCCCCCACGGCUUCAUCGUCGCCACAAGCGGCGCCCGCAGCGGCAUCCAGAUCUCGCAGCUGCCGCCGCGCACGCGGCUGGACGCGCCCUGGCCUCGACAGCGCGUAUCAAUCAAGGGCACCCCCCUCAAGGUGGCGCACUACGCAGAGGCAGAUAUGUUUGCGGUGCUGAGCAGCCGGCAGGGGCGGGCCAGGGGCCGGGGCGUGAUGGAGGGGCACGAAGUGAGGUGGGUGUGGCCCGGCGGCGGCUGGCAGGGGGUGGGGCGGCACCAGCGCCGGCCGGGCGAGCGGGCGCUGUCUGUGGGCGCUGUGCGCCUCAAGGACCACGCCACCGGCGCCACGGUACCGCUGCUAGCGGUCGGCGCGGCGCUGCCGGCGGGCGAGGACUACCCCUGCGGCGGCCGGCUGCUGCUGUUCGAAGUGACCCGCGGCGACGGGGGCGGCGGCGGCGGCGGGCAGUGGGCCGGCCGCCUCAUCUAUACCCGCGAGUUCAAGGGACCAGUGACGUCGGUGUCUGGGCUUGAGGGCUACCUUCUUCUGGCCAGUGGCAACCGCAUAGAGACCUGCUCCCUCAGCAGUACCACCAUCACCAGUACCGCCGACGAUGGUACCGUAGCUGCCACCACCACCUGGAAGGUCCAGCGCUCAGCCUUCUAUGACGGCCCCGUGCUGCUGACCAGCCUGAACGUGGUGAAAAACUUCGUGCUGCUGGGCGACUGCCAGCACAGCGUGCAGUUCGUGCGGUACAAGGACGAGGGUCGCCAGCUGUCGCUGCUGUCGAAAGACUUCAACCGCGCCGACACAGCGGCUACGCAGUUCCUCAUCAAUGGCUCCUCGCUACACCUCGCCUCCUGCGACUCCGCCGGCACGCUGCGCCUGCUGAGCUACGCCCCCAGCCACCCCGCCAGCUGGAAAGGACAGCGCCUAGUGGCAUGGGGCAGCUUCCACGUCGGGGAGGCAGCUUCCUGCAUGCGGCGCCUGCGCCUGCACCCGUCCAGCCCUGAGGACCGUACCGUGCGGCAGGCGGUACUGCUGUCCUCCGCCGCGGGCAGCCUGCAGCUGCUGGCCCCGCUGGCGCUGCCCGCGGCGGCGGGGCUGGAUGUGGCGGCCGGCCUGCCCGCGCUGCGCGCUCUGCAGCGGGAGCUGCUGCUGCUGCUGCCGCAGCCCGCGGGGCUCAACGCGGCGGCCUUCAGGAGGCGGUACGCCGCCAUACCGCCGGGCAUGCAGGGCGGCCGCUGCUUCACCCGGCAGCUGGCGCUGGAGGAGCAGGGGGUACUGGAUGGCGACCUGCUGCAGCAGUACCAGCAGCUGCCACGGCAGCAGCAGCUGGGCGCGGCGGAGGCGGCGGGGUUGGCGCGGGCGCAGCUGCUGGAGCUCCUGCAGGGGCUGUGGCGCGCGGGCGGCACGCUGCUGUGA